UUACCCGCUGGGGCCAAACGCAAGUACCAGGAAGACUCGGACCCCGAACGCAGCGACUACGAGGAGCAGCAGCUGCAGAAGGAGGAGGAGGCGCGCAAGGUGAAGAGCGGCAUCCGCCAGAUGCGCCUCUUCAGCCAGGACGAGUGCGCCAAGAUCGAGGCCCGCAUCGACGAGGUGGUGUCUCGCGCCGAGAAGGGCCUGUACAACGAGCACACGGUGGACCGGGCUCCACUGCGCAACAAGUACUUCUUCGGCGAGGGCUACACGUAUGGCGCCCAGCUGCAGAAGCGCGGGCCGGGCCAGGAGCGCCUCUACCCGCCGGGCGACGUGGACGAGAUCCCCGAGUGGGUCCACCAGCUGGUGAUCCAGAAGCUGGUAGAGCACCGCGUCAUCCCCGAGGGCUUCGUCAACAGCGCCGUCAUCAACGACUACCAGCCCGGGGGCUGCAUCGUGUCCCACGUGGACCCCAUCCACAUCUUCGAGCGCCCGAUCGUGUCUGUGUCCUUCUUUAGCGACUCCGCGCUCUGCUUCGGCUGCAAGUUCCAGUUCAAGCCUAUCCGAGUGUCGGAACCUGUGCUUUCCUUGCCGGUGCGCAGGGGGAGCGUGACUGUGCUCAGUGGAUAUGCUGCUGAUGAAAUCACUCACUGCAUACGGCCUCAGGACAUCAAGGAGCGAAGAGCAGUCAUCAUCCUCAGGAAGACUAGAUUAGACGCGCCCCGGUUGGAGACCAAGUCCCUGAGCAGCUCCGUGUUACCACCCAGCUAUGCUUCAGAUCGCCUGUCAGGAAACAACAGGGACGCUGCUCUGAAACCCAAGCGGUCUCACCGCAAGGCAGACCCCGACGCUGCUCACAGGCCUAGGAUCCUGGAGAUGGACAAAGAAGAGAACCGACGCUCAGUGCUGCUGCCCACACACCGGCGGAGGGGGAGCUUCAGCUCUGAGAACUACUGGCGCAAGUCCUAUGAGUCGGAGGACUGCUCAGAGGCCGCGGGCAGCCCCACCCGAAAGGUGAAGAUGCGGAGGCACUGAGGCCCACUGCAUCCUCUCGGGAACUCUGGUUAAUCCUCACGUAGCCACCCCCUUUUUGUUUCGUUUUGAGGGGUUUUGUUUGUUUUUUGUUUGUUUGGACCCUUUUAUUUUUCCUUGGUUUGUUGCCUGUUGAGGCUAAAGAACAGAAUUGGUUCCUGGUUUUCCUCUUGGAUGGAAAGGCUGACAGCUCACUCUGGAGUGGCUAGUAGAGGAACGCGGGGCAACCAUCAUCAAGUGGGGCUGUGUCAGGCUGGUUUUAUUUAAAAGCAACAAAAUGUUUUGGUUAAGAAAAUUCUUGUUUUGCUUUAUAUGUAAAUUUUCUCAGUGUUGUGAAUGAAGUUGUCCCUGUAACCACUCCCCCCCCCCCCCCCCCCCCCGCCCCCCCAUGUUUAAGCUGGGCUGAGGUCUCCUGGGCCUUGCUGUCCUACCUGUCACCUGCUCACCAGGCUCUGGAAAGUCACACAAACACCUUCUUCCUCUUGCUGCAGAAUCAUUCAGGAUGACUGAGCAGGCGCUUCAAUAGUGCCAGCCCCUGCACCCCAGAGCUAUUGGCCGAGCCAGGGCUUCCUCCAUGCCCACUGGCCUGCUUUGCCUACAGGUCCCUGGCUGCAGCGGUCUUGACCUCUUGCCAAGAGCAUACCUCUGCUGGAUUGCUCCUUUCGGGCAUAUACGUGUGAUUGUAUGGAACAGUUAGACUGGCCAUGUUGGGACAGUUUUAGAAAUUGUUUCUAGCUAGAAGGGCUGGUGUCCUUCCAAGUCUAGCAUUUGGGGGAUGGAAAGUUGUGGUGUGUAGCAGGAUUUUUGUUUAGAUUUUUUUCCCCCCUUUGGUCUCGUUCUUUUCCUUUUCCUUUCCUUUCAUCUACAUUGGCCAGUUUGGGCCUUCUCCCCGUGUCACCCCCAUAGAAAGGUGUCUGCCCCUCUGCCUGCCUGCAGCACACAUCCAAGGCCAGAGCCCAGGUCUGCAGACUGGGUUAGUGUCUCUUCUGCCUCGGGGCAUGGGAGCUGGGGAAGGGGCUUUUAAAAAAUAGUAAUAGGAGGGGAAAAAGUAGUCUUUGGCAGUUUCCACCUCCUCAGAUUCUCGAGGGCUGUGAGGUUUUGCUGGUCUAGAUUUGUUAGAAAUGUUUCCUUGCUAGGCCUGAGAGCAGAUUCCCCACGUUGCCACCACCAUGGGGAGGACCUUGUUUAUAGGGUCCUAGGUCUGGGGCUGCAGAAAUUGGGGGCAGCCACCAUUAGGAAGCCCUUCUCAGGGCCAGAACUCCUUUGCCAGCGUGGAUCCUCAAGUUGGAACUGCAUAACUAAGGCAGUUGCAUUUUUUUUUUUACAGCUCCCCCUCCCCCCUCAAUGAUUUGUAGUUGUAUGUGCAGCACUUUGCCCUGAUAUGUGUGCUCUACAAUAAAAACCAAAUCUAAUAUAUUUUGAAA